AUGGACAGAGACUCAGACAGUGAUACACCAAGCUGCUGUAAAGUAAAGAAACUCCCACCAUUACCUCAUUCUUAUGAUACUACAUCCAGUAAUAAUGAAGAAAAUACAGAUUCUUAUGAAAGUAAUGAAGAUGGAAACUAUUCAGCAAGUAAAUGGACAUUUGCUGAUCUGCAGCUCUUAAAUAUCUUUUAUGAGAAAACUCCAGAAUCCAUGGAAAACUUUAUGAAAGAAGUGAAAGAUGCUUUUAUGGAAAGGAAAGGUUUUUGUCCCGAUUCUAGCAUAAUAAACAAUGUUUUGAAGGAACAUCUUAAAAAUUUGACAUUUUCAUAUGAAUUGACAAAUCUUAGAGACCUCCGUGUGUAUGGUAACCCUGGUGUUGUAGCAGAGAGAAUUACGAAGGAGAUGGAGAGAUAUUUACAAUGGACAUGGAAAAAAUCACAAGAAAUGCUACAAAAGAACCAAUUUUAUCAAGCGUUGGAUUCAUCUCUGAAGGAUAAAGUACAGGAACUGAUAUUUUCUUUAAGUUUUCCUGUAAAAACAUUUGCAGGGGAGACUAUUCAACUUGUCAAAAAAAUUCUUUUUGGAAAGCAAGAAGAAAAGCAGAGGUCUUCAUAUGAAAUGGAGAGAGGGAAAGGGAGAAGGAGAAGUGAAAGAGCUAGAGUACGGAGCAGAGGGUCACAUGGUCAACAUGCAGAUUCAAAGAUUUCAUAUAAAGCAACCACUGAAAAUUUUUUCCAGCAAUACUGUGAGAAAUUUGCAGGGCUGUUCUUUUUAGUUAAAGGUGAAGUACUUGAGGGAUCCUUUUCUUUUAAGAAUCAAAUCUUGAGAAGUACACCUGAUGUGGUCUAUCAGUACCUAUCUGAUUAUGGCUAUCCCCAAGAUCAGCUCUUGAUUGUUAUGGAGGUAACUAUGCUCAUUCCUUAA